AUGGAAAAGUCGAACGCAGAGCAAAAACCAUAUGAGAUCGAGCUUUACGUCCCAAAUUUUAAACCAGACGAACUUUCUGUAAAAGUAAAUGAGCGUGCGCUUAUUGUGGAAGGUCAUCAUAUCGAACGCGAAGAAAAUGGUAGUAACGUAGAGCGUCAUUUUAUUCGUCAAUUUAUUUUACCAAAUGAUGCGAAGAAGGACGAACUGAAAUCAAAACUUAACGAAGAAGGUAUUUUGAAUGUAUGGGUACCGCGUGAAACCCAUCAAACAGUUAUGCGAAACAUACCAAUUCACGUUGACCCAAAUUGGAAAAUGAAUAGCCAGUGUCGUGAUCUCGCACUUCGUCAACCAAUUCCUUUAUGGUGGUGGUGA